AUGAUGAGAAGAUUGUGCAGACGUACAUGGAGAGACAGGUUUUUGAAACGUUUGGGAUUAAUUACGCUGGUGACAUACUCUGUCGCACUGCCGUUAUUGUCACCAAGGUACAGAUAUACAGCAUAUGACAAAGUUUGGCACAAUAAGGACAAAUCUCAUGUGCAAGAAGUAGUGAGGAAAGUGAAUGAUCAAAGGAUACAAGAGGCUCAGACCUACAUUACUGCCUAUGGUGAAAUGAGAAAUAAACUCUAUUUACCAGAGCCUGUUGACAUUGGUAUCACGAUCAUUACUGUAUCAAGAAAUCGACAUACAUUUGAUCAGUAUGAACCAAAGUACUUAACACAAGUUGUAGGAAAGACUCUCCAACUUCUCAAUGAAACAAAACAUUUAAAACUGACAUACUCCUUAUUCAUAUGUAAUGUUGAUGAUGAACCAUCCUCCUACUUUGAGCUUCAAAAUCUAACAAAAGUAGUUACUACAUUCAAUAAAUUUUCAAACUCUUCCUCAAGGCCAUUAUUUCAAAGGUCUGUAGAUCAAACUCUAGAAAAAGAAAAAGAAGACUACAUUUAUUGUGGAGAGCAGGCAUUUAAGCAGAAUGUUUCUAACAUUCUUCUAGUGGAAGAUGACGCAUUACCAAAUGAGGAUAUGAUAUCUGUUGCUGACCAUCAUCUUUAUUCUAUGGGACUGUUUCAAACUGGACCUCAUCAAUCAAAUAUCACCUUCAUUAAACUAUACCAUCCUGAUCCACUUGGCUACAUAAGUUUAGAGAAGGAACGCCUUCCAGAGCUCUUUUGUUUGGGAUUGAUUUUGACGACAUGUUUCGUCAAAGCUUAUUUGACCAUUUAUCCAAGUGAAGCAAAUCAUCGAAAAAUAAUAUGGCUGGGAUUCUUUAUGUAUUCGAGUCUAUUUGUUUUGGCUGUAGGUAGACAGAAUUUCACAGCCUUGAGGAGGAUCUCCAAAUAUUUAUACCAAGUCACCCCAGCCCCAUCUUGCUGUACUCCUGCCAUUGUGUACACAAAACCAGGUUUUCGUGCCAUUUCAUCAUAUCUGAAGUCUGUGAGAUGCAAGAGUGGCUUUGGAAAAGACACUGCAAUUGAUAAAUUAAGAAAACUCAAUCCAAAGUUAAAAGCUUUAUUGAUUCAGCCCAAUCUUUUUAAACAUAUAGGGAUGUAUUCCUCUCUGAGAGACCAGGUUCUGGAUCCAUUCAUAGUUUGAUUUUUUUGAAUUCUGAAUGAAAUGCAAAGUAAAUUUUCAUUUUAAUGGAUCAUUGUCAUGACUGUACAGGAACCUAAAUUAAUCGGUACAUUUGUAGUUGCAAGAAAAUACGGUGUAUAAUUUUAAAGGUACAAGUCAACAAAAUUUCUCAGUGUAGAAUAUUUGAAUUUCCAUAU